AUGAGCAUUGUGCUCUCCUCGUCCAUGGAUCCGCUCAGCAUUACGGCUGGGACUCUGGCCGUUCUGCAAGCCAUUUCAACCAUUUUUCAGUUCAUAGGAGCUCUAAAAGAAGCGCCAACCGAGCUGAAAGACCUGCUGGACGAACUGAAGUCGCUCCAAAUGGUCCUGCAUCAAAUAUUGAAGCUCCAUGACAAGGAUAGCAACGAGCUAUCCACAACUACAUUGAUUAUAAACCCGAACUUGCCCUUGAAAGAAUGCCUAUUGCAACUUGAGAGGCUCAAGAAGAUCCUCAUCCCAGUUAAUCGACUAGAUAGAACGCGUAAGGCUGUCGCUUGGAGGCUUCUCAGCCUUCACAAAGGUGAAAUCAAAAAGGUUCUCGAUAAGAUUGAGAGGCAGAAAUCAUUGCUGAGUGUAUCUCUACAUGCUGAAACGCAGAAUAUUUGCAAUGGAACCCAGUCGAUUUGUCUCCAAAACGGCCGUAGCUUAUCGGAUAUUCGAGAAGAUAUUGCAAGGUUGGAAUAUGCGAGAGCCUUCACACUUUAUGAAAGUCGUCCCCAACCAUCUGCCGGAGCAAGCCUAGAGCCGUCUACGCACACCAAACGACACGGGGCUAUAAAUCACGAUUUGGCCCCCGAUUUAGCGGAAAAUCUGGAAAUGCAGGAGAAGGUCGAUUUUAAAACCCUCACUAAAAGCAACAAAAGACCAGGCAGCAGCCGGGAGAGCAAUCAAGAACCUGAUGAUGUAAAAAAAGCAGGUUUUCAACCCCCUAGAAACACAGAUAGGGCAUGGACUACCAUAUGCCAAGUCGGAAGCAAUAACAAUGGGGCCAAUGUGGUAUACGGUGGCACUCAAUUCUUUUCCGGCACAGUUUACUUUGGAGGUGUCCGCUAA